AUGUUUACCUAUCUUAACUAUCAGACCUCCAUCUCUCAUGCUUCCUCGCGUGUCCCUUAUAUCAGCUGUCAUAUUGCAAAUCUAUACCACAAGGGUAAUGACAUUGCAGUGCAAUGCUAUUGGGAUGCAGGAAUCCCAAAUGUUUUACUUGCGAGCGACUUCUCCAGGAACAUGUAA